UUGUGAUCAAUGUUGUUGAUUAAUACUAUGAACCGUAAUUAUGACUCUCCAACAUCAUCACCUCCAACUCCUCCUUCACCACUUCCAGUUAGUUUUGCACCAGGCAACCAGAGGUACUCCUUCUCGGCAUCAUCAACUCCUUCGCCGCCCUUCUCGCCGGCACCUUCCAGCCAAACUUCUCUUGAGCAGGAGAAGCUUCCCCUUCUGCAACAAGACCAACCAAAUAGUGAUACUACUAAUUUGCCAUCAGCCUUUUCAUUGGAUCUCCAGAAAUCCCAAGAAUUGGAACCUAAAAGUACAUGCCUUCAAGAAUUGUUGGAAUGGUUUAUGCAAAGAUGCUGCUGUUGUUGCAUCAGAUUUCUUGAAUUCUCCAACCGCGACAAGAAUUCUCAACCGUAACAAAGCAAAAGACAAAAACAAAAGCAUGGUUUCUCAUUUUAGCCUUGCUUUUACCAGAAUGUUUUCUUAAUCUUCUAGUAUAUAAUUUCAGAUUCA